AUGAAGGCUCUCAUUUUGGUCGGAGGGUUCGGGACUCGGCUCCGGCCGCUGACGCUAAGCGUCCCCAAGCCGCUUGUCGAAUUUGCCAACAAACCCAUGAUCCUGCACCAGGUAAACCCAAGCCCUCGCAAUAAGUGUUCUUCCUUUCUUUAAAGCUCAUCGAUAAGUUACUUCUCCCGAUUCCAAUGGUUGAGAGAGAUAAUAGUUAGUUUCUUGUUUUUUUUAUCCAUCAUUAGUUUCUAGCACAUGUAGUCCUCGAAUUCGCUGUCUGAUUCAACCGGAUGCUUGUUGAACAGAUCGAAGCUCUGAAGGCCAUCGGAGUCACAGAAGUCGUUCUAGCCAUCAACUACCAGCCGGAGGUACACCAAAUCUAUCAAUCAUCUCGACUGCCCGCGCUGCGUUUCUUGUCUGUCGCCUCCGCAAUCGCUCACCCGCAAGGAACCUUGGUCCGCAGGUCAUGCUUAAUUUCUUAAAGCAGUAUGAAGAGAAGCUGGGCAUCAAGAUCACCUGCUCUCGGGAGACCGAGCCGCUGGGGACCGCCGGUCCCCUGGCGCUGGCCAGAGACAAGCUGAUCGACGACUCCGGUGAGCCCUUCUUCGUCAUGAACAGCGACGUCAUCAGCGAGUAUCCCCUGGCCGAAAUGAUCCAAUUCCACAGAGCCCAUGGCGGAGAGGCCUCCAUCAUGGUGACCAAGGUGAGACCCUCCCCUCCCCCCCGUCAAAAUAUUCCCUUUCUUCCUCUUCCACGGCCAUCGCGAGCGGAGCUCUGACAUCAAUAGUCCCCGUCGUCUUCUUGGCCGGCGGCAGGUGGACGAGCCGUCCAAGUACGGGGUGGUGGUGAUGGACGAGGAGACCGGGAAGGUGGAGAAGUUCGUCGAGAAGCCUAAGACAUUCGUGGGCAACAAGAUCAACGCCGGCAUCUACCUGCUCAACCCCUCCAUCCUCGACAGGAUCCAGCUCCGCCCCACCUCGAUCGAGAAGGAGGUCUUCCCCCGCAUCGCAGCAGAGAACAAGCUCUACGCCAUGGUCCUCCCCGGUUUCUGGAUGGACAUUGGCCAGCCCAAGGACUACAUCACAGGCCUACGGCUCUACCUGAACUCCCUGCGCAAGAAGUCCCCCUCCAAGCUCGCCGCCGGCCCGCACAUCGUCGGCAACGUGCUGCUCCACGCGAGCGCCGUCGUCGGCGAGGGCUGCCUUAUCGGGCCCGACGUCGCCAUCGGCGAGGGCUGCGUGGUGGAGCCCGGCGUGCGGCUCUCGCGGUGCACGGUGAUGCGCGGGGUGCGCAUCAAGAAGCACGCCUGCGUCUCCGGUAGCAUCAUCGGGUGGCACUCAACCGUCGGCCAGUGGGCGCGGGUGGAGAACAUGACCAUCCUCGGCGAGGAUGUCCACCUGGGCGACGAGGUCUACAGUAACGGCGGCGUCGUCCUCCCCCACAAGGAGAUCAAAUCCAGCAUCAUCAAGCCCGAGAUUGUAAUGUAG